AUGAGAGUCUAUGUGAAGUCAGUGUCACUAUUUCAAUGGCUCUUUCUGUUGUACAUGUUAAUGGUCUGCUGUAAGCUGAUGUCUGCCUCUAGCUUGCACCCCUGGGGACAUGCAGGUUAGCACCAAAUCAAGCAGGGGACCUUUGAGGUGGUUGCUACACACAGGUGCUAUAACAAAAACCACAUAGAAGAGCAGUCACAAACAGUCAAGUGUUCUUGCUUCCCAGGACAGGUUGCUGGUACAUCUUGGGCUCAGCCUUCUUGUGUUGAAGCUUCCAUCGUGAUUCAGAAAUGGUGGUGUCACAUGAAUCCUUGUUUGGAAGAAGGGGAUUAUAAAGUGCUGCCAGAUAACUCAGGUUGGUCCUGUAGCAGUGGCAAUAAAGUCAAAACUACAAAGCUGGUAUAUUGA